CAUGCGUGCUAUUGUGCUGCUCUCUGUGCUUUUUGCUCUUGCAUGUGGGCAAGCAGCAUCUUUUUGUAUUCCAACUGAAUAUACGAUGCACGUGGACAGAAGGGAGUGUGCCUAUUGCCUAACCAUCAACACCACCAUCUGUGCCGGGUAUUGUAUGACACGGGAUAUCAAUGGCAAACUAUUUCUUCCCAAGUAUGCACUCUCCCAGGAUGUCUGUACUUACAGAGACUUCGUCUACAGAACUGUGGAAAUACCAGGAUGCCCACUGGAUGUUGCUCCUUACUUCUCCUACCCUGUUGCCUUAAGCUGCAAGUGUGGCAAGUGUAAUACUGACUACAGUGACUGUACACACGAGGCUGUCAGGACCAACUAUUGCACCAAGCCACAGACAUUCUACCUGGGGGCGUUUUCUGUCUAACUUUAACAGCAAUGCAAUCUGGUUAAACGUGUUUAUCUGGAAUAGAACUAAUAAAAUACGAUGGAUGCGUCUUGCCUGCUGUUUAAUCUAUAGGCACAUCCACACAGGCAUUAGGAAGCUUAAGAGGCUUUAGAAACAGAGGUGAUGGAAGAGGCUGUCAUGGUUUCCAUACAGAGCAGAGCAGAGGCAAAAUGGAAAGCGGGAACAUGAGCUGCUGCUGCAAGGCAGCCCCGAGGAGAUUUCCUUACAGACAACAGGGGUCUAUCUUGACCUAGGAAGCAAAUGUGAGGCUACUGCAGAGUUCUAGGAAGA